AUGGAAGCUGCCGGACAUGCGCUGAACAGGGUCCGCUGCCUCGGAUCUGGGAGACUCUGUGGUGGUUAUCAUGCUCUUUACUCCUGGUCACAUAGCAGAGACCAAAUCCGAAAGACAGAAUCACUAGAGCCUGGCUCGUCCAACGCUCUUCUGUUUUCUCUGUCGUCUCUCGGCCUCCCGUCCGAUGAGAACAAGUUGAUGGAGCACUUUAUCAAGAAUAUUGCUCGAUUAUCACUAGCCGUUGAUUAUGAUGGCAAUGGCUAUCGGCGGCUCGCUGUCGUGUCAUUGAAUGAUGCGGCUCUACUGAAUGCUAUCCUCACGGUGUCUAGCUCUCAUCUCAAUCGUUGGCAUGGACGCAAGGAUUCCGCGCCGAAAUUCCACCUGCGGAAGGCAUUGCACCAUUUGCAAAAGAGACUACUGAAGCCUGCACAGGCUCGCAGCGAGAUCACUUUCAUGACGAUGCUGCUCCUGCUCAUUUAUGAGCUUUGUGAAGGCACCCAGCGCUGGAAAUAUCACUAUGAAGGGCUGCUAACCUGGGUCCGGUUGCGCGACGGGUGUUCUGACGUUGACCCCUUCUUGACGGGCCUCUUGGGGUUAAUAGCGACACAAGUAAUUCUACACAUGCCAGGCCUAUUCAGAGAGAAAGCAUACAAUUUGCUGAGCGUUCUAUUCCCUCAAGCCUGCAGCUCAGGCUCUGUUGACGUGCUAUCUGGGUUUUACAUCGGCUUCCCUGAACUUUUGGUCGAAUCUGCUCGCCUGCACGAUGAGGUGAUGCGAUUGAGAGCGUAUUCAACUGAUGACGAUAUGCUUGGAUUGCGAGCGGUGUAUGGAAAAGCAAAGAAACUGCAACGGCGCAUUCAGGCAACCCAAUUAGGGCCAGAAAAUCUACCUUCCCUUGGCAUGAUUGGAGCGCAACAGUGUACUUCCAGCAUUUGCGAGAGUCUCGUGCCUGCGGAUAUUUUGGAUACUUUAGAAGUUCGGCAAGCAGCCAGAGCAUCGGCUGAGGUGUUUAGACACGCCCUUCACAUCUACGUCUAUCGUAUCCUUCAUAACCCGACUGUUGGAGGAGAGUGUCCAAUGGAAAUUCAGUCAAGUGUUGACGAUGUGUUUCGGCUGAUUCCCGACAUUCCUGACACUGUUGGGCCCGGCAGCUUUCUUGGCUGGGCUCUUGUCGUUAUCGGCGCUGAGAUUGACGCUCUUGAACGAAGACAACACAUCAAGCGGCGACUGCAGAGCCUGGCCACAAUGGCGCUCAAUCAUGGGGUGCUAGCUAUAUCUGUUUUAGAAGAGGUAUGGCACCGGCGAGACAUGGCCGUUUCAGGGCUGAGCAACAACCGUCUCUUCAGGUGGGAAGAAGUGCUUGAGGACAUGGAAAUUGACUUGGCACUUAUAUGA